ACAGCUGUCAAAGUGGUCCCAGAAGUUGCCCAGAUAUAAAAGUUUGUACGGAGGAAGUAUUAAAUGAAUUAAAUGCGAUAUAUGGCCUAUAACUUGGUAAAAUAACUGUUUAUAGCCUAGAGUUCCUCAACUUUUUACGUGAAGUGAAGUUUUCAGUGCAAAUAGAAUGCCUGUUAAAAACGAGGGAGACGCAACCGAUGGCGAGGAUGUUUCUGGAGCCGAGUCUGAACAUUCAAAUUCUAGUCAGGGACGAGAGUCCACUGAUGAAGAGGCCAAUGAAAUGGAUUCGGAUGACUCCUCGGAAAUGGAUGCCAUUGAAAUGGAAAGAAUUCGUUCCGAACAUGUUGAAGAUUUAGCUAGCCUUGAAUUACAAUUUGAUCAACUGCGGGAGCUGUAUUAUCAAGAACGCAACAAACAAAACGAACAACAAAUUGCGGAUGUUCGUAGUGGACGUUCAGAAGAGUACUUAAUACCAUUGAGAGAAUUGGACAAAGCCUUUCGCAAUCGCGUUGAAGUUGCAGACAAGCUGCGAAAAUUUCGUUUGGAAAAUAUCGAACAUAAGUACCAAUCAGAGGAACAAGCAGCGUUGCAGCAUUUUGAGAGUGAAAAACAACUAUUGCUCGAUCAAAUGGAGGAAGAAAUUAUUGAGAAAAUAAGACGUCUGGAAGAAGACCGAAAUAAUGUUGAUAUAUCUUGGUCUGAUUGGGCUGUAGACAGGCGUGCAAGUAAAGUACGUGGCCCGGGAAGAAAAAAGGCAGUCACGGUCACCGGUCCCUACAUUGUAUACAUGCUGCGUGAUGAAGACAUUAUGGAAGAUUGGACCACGAUACGAAAAGCUCUUAAGCGGUCUGCGGCGACAGCAGUCGCUUCUGUGGCCAUAUGAUAAUUUUUAAGAUGUACUGAAGAUGUAUUUAAUAGAUUUAAUCUCUCCCCUAGUUUCUAAUAUUUUUGCAAUAUAUUCGUAUUGAAGUUUAAUAAUUCAUCCAAAAAGCAAUUCUAUAUGUUGAAGUUCCUCAGGG